AUGACUACCUGGAGGUUGUUAACCCGCUCUAUAACAAAUAAUGGUUUUUUGGCGUCUUCACGGCCAAGCACGAGACUGGUUCCUCGAUUAUACACGCUACCCCGACGACAUGUCAGUCCGCUUGCCAAGUUUAUCGAUUCAAUAAAAACACAAGUUGGGGAAAAUAAGGAAUUUCAGCAGAAUGUCAAAUUACUGCAAGAGGAAACGGAUAAGCUUGCCGAGUUAGAAGCUAUGAAGAAAGCAAAGGAGCUGUAUAAUAAAGCAAAGGAAGGUGCUGAUGCAACCGCGAGUAUCGGGACGGAGAAAAUCAAGGCUUCAGUUGAGGACAUCAAGAAAUCUGCUGGAAAAAUAGGAUUAUCGGUAUCCGAGGCCAUACACGAAGUUGGCGGAAACGAAUUUAUCAAAGAGAGCCGUGAGAAGAUAUCUUUGUUUACCGAGAAGGUCUCGUCACAAGUCUCUUCAACCACCGAACCGCUACGACAAACCAAGGUGUAUUCGACCGUCCGCGAUUCGAUAAAAGAGACAGUUAAAGACAAUUCAGCACGAUACUCUGGAUUUAUUGAUAAAGAGACACGACGAAGUAUGCGUGAGGAAGCUGCACGUGAAAUUAAUACAAGCGAGCAUCGGGUUGCGGAAGAUCCCAAUGCCGGACAAGCCGUCGUGCUUCAUAAAGAUUCAAAAUGGAAAGAGAGCUGGAAUCGAUUUAAAGAGAAUAACCCUAAAGUCUUGUUUAGACUGAAAAGUGACUAUGAAAAUAGUGAUAACAUUCUCAUAUCUUAUUCUCGACGCGUGACCGAUAGUAUUAACGAUAAAUUUGGAUCUUUCUUUGCCGAGACAGAAACAGCGCAAGCCUUAUCACAGUUAAAAGCAAUAGAUCCUAGCUUCAAUUUAGAAUAUUUUAUGAGAGAAGCGCGACAGUACAUUGUACCGGAAUUAAUUGAGGCCUACUUGAAAGGGGAUACGGAAACGCUGAAACAAUGGUGUUCAGAGGCGGCUUAUAACGUUCUCACACAUGGCAUCGCAGCUCAAACAAAAGAUGGCCUUUUGAGCGAUUGCAGAGUACUCGAUAUCCGAGAUGUAGAGUUGUUCACAGCCAAGAUACUAGAAAAUGAUAUACCAGUCUUAGUGAUAACAUUCUCGGCGCAGGAAGUGAUAGUGUUUCGUAGCAUAUCAACAAACGAAAUAGUAGAAGGGAGGGAAGACCAGAUUGACCAAGUAACGUAUGCGUGUGUUCUGACGAAAGAGGAAAGUCGGAUUGGAGAUCCCAUUACGAAUGGAUGGAAGGUAUUGGACAUGGCCAAGCAUGGUUCGCAAAAGUUAAUAUGGUAA